AUGUGCGACUAUAUUUAUACGAUGCUUAAUGGAGAAAUCAAAGAAGAGGGAACGUUUGAAACUUUAAAAAAAAAAGGAGGCGUCUUCUCUGCGUUUAUAGCCGAGCAUAUGAAGGAGUCGGACGAGCAGUCUAACGAGCAAAGUUUCACCAAUGUUCGUGAGGGCGUGGUGGAAACUACUGAGAAAAACAUAAGAAAGUUAUCAAAAACUUCAUUAAAAAGUAUGAAAAGUAUUGAGGCGGGGGAACUACCAAAUGCGCAACAACGCAAAGGAAUUCUUGUAGUCGAAGAAAAUGUUGAGCAGGGCGAUAUCAAGCUCGCCGUGUUCGUAAUAUACUGCCGUGCCAUCGGCUGGAUUACAAUACUUUUAGUGAUCUCUAUAUUUUUUAUUGGUCAAGGAUUUCAGAUAUAUACAAAUAUCUGGCUAUCCCGGUGGUCCUCUGCAGGAGCGAAUGCUUCUAAAGAUAUAUCCUAUUGGCUGGGCGUCUAUACUGCCUUAGGAUUGGCCUAUUCGCUCAGUAACAUGCUAACUUCUUUUUCAUUGGCUUUUGGAAGUAUUCAUGCCUCAAAAAACUUACACGAAACCGUUGUCAAACGCUUAUUGAAAGCGCCUUUAUCUUUCUUUGAUACGACGCUUUUAGGGCGGAUCGUCAAUCGCCUUUCGAAAGAUAUUUAUACUAUUGAUGAGGCUUUACCGAAUUCUUUAAAGUCUUUUCUUAAUACGUUCUUUUCUGUUUUGGGAACCAUAUUUAUUAUUGCUUUUGCUACUCCAAAGUUUCUCAUUAUUGUUCUUCCACUUCUUCUCUUAUAUAUUGUGAUUCAACGAUUUUAUGUUUCUUCUUCAAGACAACUUAAAAGACUCGAAUCAGUGAGCCGUUCACCUAUUUUUGCUCAUUUUCAAGAAACCAAUCACGGCGUAAGCACUAUUAGAGCGUACGGCCGGGAGGAACGCUUCAUUAAAGAAAACAUUGCCGUGUUGGAGUACAACCAGCGCUCUUAUUAUCCGUCUAUCUCUUCUAACAGAUGGCUAGCAAUCAGACUUGAAAGUAUUGGUAACAUGGUUGUGUUUUUUGCUUCCUUAUUUGCCGUUGUAUCGAGGAACAGCAUUUCCUCUGCUCUGGUUGGUUUAUCGCUCUCGCAUGCGAUGAAUAUAACGCAAUCACUUAAUUGGAUGGUGAGAAUGUCGAGUGAAUGCGAAACUAAUAUUGUUGCAGUGGAACGAAUUGAUGAGUACACUAAAAUACCGCAGGAACGCGAAGAAGAAAAAGACGAUUUAGAAGGCAUUUCUUCGGACACUGAUAAAGUAACUUUAGCAACUCUAAGUAGCACAGACACGUGGCCUUCGCACGGCGUGGUUGAAUUUAAAAACUACAGCGCGAGGCACGAAUUAUUAUUAUUAUUAUCCUUUUCUUUUUAG